AUUGCGGGUAAUGCGGAUCAUCUGAUCUGAAAUCUUAUAUGCACGUCAGACUCGGAAUUAUCAUUCAUCUCAUUUUUCUAUAAUAUACCAUGGCUGAUCUACACUCUGUCAAUUUCAUCGAUCGCAGGAAUAUCCCAGACUCCCGCCAGUCUCUAGUCGACAUCCAGCCAAAAGGCUUCUUCAUCCGCCACCCACCCAAACCCCACCAACUCGAAGAUAAUCUCACGCCCGAAACAUGUUUAUUCCAAACAAUCCACAUGGGCGCUGCCGUGGUAGAUUCCAGUCGCUGGACACUGGCAGUGGAUGGACUCGUCGAGCGGCCUUUCUCUAUAAAUCUGGACCAGUUACGGCAGAUGCCAUCUACCUCAGUCAUCUCCUUCCAUGAGUGCUAUGGGAGUCCACUGGUCGCUCCAACGAAGAAUGUGUGGAGGAUUGGGAAUGUCGUCUGGACGGGCGUUCCGCUGAAGGAUCUACUCGCCAUCGCACGACCAGACACGCGAGGAUCCUUUGUGUGGUCUGACGGGCUGGAUUCAGGGACGUUCGCUGGUGUCAGUGCAGAUAGGUACCAGAAAGACCUACCGAUGGAGAAAGCCCUAUCACCAGAAGUUCUGGUCGCGUAUGCGAUGAACGGGCAGCCUUUAGGCAAAGAGCGAGGAGGACCGGUGAGACUCGUCGUGCCGGGGUGGUUUGGGACGAAUUCGACUAAAUGGCUGUGUCGGCUGUCUGUGCAGGAGGGGAGAUCGCCCGGCCCGUUCACGACGGUCUUUUACAACGAGCUGGAUCCGGGGGAUGUGGCUGGUGUAAGGAAAAGACCUGUUUGGAAGGUAGAGCCGAAUUCGAUAAUUGUAAGGCCUUGUCCGGGAGGGGUGUUUUGUCCUGGGUAUGUCGAGGUUUGGGGGCGUGCGUGGGGAGAAGAAGAGAUUGUGCGGGUUGAUGUCAGUAUAGACGGACAGACUUGGAUAGAGGCGAGAGUAGCGCCUCGCGAGCAGUUUGAGUGGCAAUUCUUUUGUCUUCAGUUGCUGAUCGAACAGAGUGGGCGAUAUACCAUCCAGGCACGAGCAACAGAUAAAACAGGUGAUCGACAGCCAUUGUCACAGCGGCGGAAUCAUGUACCAUCAGUCGAGAUAGAGAUACAAGAUGGGAGAGGUUGAAUGAAGCAGGCAGCAUUAUCCUUGGAAGAAUCCAGAAGGACUCAGCCUCGCUGACCAAUUUGCUUUUUUGAACAACGCAUCUGCACGAGUACCCCUCAUCUCCAGUCAAGGGCUACGCAAUCACAAGGCUGUCACCCGGGCGCAGCCUCGUAUCUGCACUGGUGACAUCGCGCAGUCAGCCAUAUUGUUUCAUUUCCCUCGAGAAUUCCAUUCCCUCCAUAUCCUCACUUUACAUGAUUGA